AUGCCCUUGCCGUUUAGACAAGAGAAACCAGACCUUCCUAACAACAAAGCCACUGCACUAGUGCGACUAGGACACCUUCGGAGAUGUUUCAAGAAAGACCCAAUAUACUUCUCUGACUAUAAGGCCUUCAUGCUCGACAUUAUAGAAAACGGAGAGGCAGAACGGGUAUCUGAGGGUCACCAUCAAAGCCAAGGACCAGUCUGGUACAUUCCUCAUCACGGAGUGUACCACCCAAAAAAACCCGGAAAAAUCAGGGUGGUGUUCGACUGUGCAGCCAAGUUUAAAGGCACCUGCCUUAAUGAUCAUCUCCUCCAAGGUCCCGAUCAAAUGAACACCCUCGUGGGAGUACUCUGCCGCUUCCGAAUGGAAAGCAUCGCACUGAUGUGCGACAUAGAGAGGAUGUUCCACCGGUUUCUGGUGCACAAGGAAGACCGUGACUAUCUUCGCUUCCUGUGGUGGAGUGAUGGCAAUAUUGAAGAAGAACCGGUAGAAUAUCGGAUGAAAGUUCACCUAUUUGGGGCAGCGUCUUCUCCCGGAUGUGCCAUUUAUGGCCUUCGGUAUGUUGCUAACAAAUACAAAGACUUAAGCCCUGAUGCCGCCUCCUUUAUCCUUGGUGGAUUUUACAUGGACGACGGUUUGAUAAGUGAAGAAAGCGCAGAGAAGUCCUGCAGUCUUAUUAAAGGCUCCACGGAAAUAUGCCGCAAAGGGAAUAUUCGAGUCCACAAGUUUGCCUCCAAUAGUCGCGAGGUACUGGAAUCUGUCCUUGCUUCAGAGCGUGCCAAGGAUAUUAUGAACCUUAAUCUUGCGUUAGACGACCUGCCUAUCGAAAGGGCACUUGGGAUUGAGUGGUGCGUGGAGUCGGAUGAAUUCUGCUUCAGGGUGAUCCUGAAGGAACAACCCCUGACAAGGCGAGGUAUUCUCUCCAUGAUUUCUUCAGUCUUUGAUCCUCUAGGAUUCUUGGCACCUUUCAUCCUCAAGGGUAAACAGAUCUUACAAGAACUUUGCACGAAUGGCGCUGACUGGGACCAACCCCUACCUGAAGAACUGCACCCUAAAUGGGAAAGCUGGAGACGCAACUUGCAUGAUUUAGCGAAGAUCAAAAUUCCUAGAUGUUACAAGCCAGAGAACUUCGGUACAGCUGUACAGGCAGAGCUUCAUCACUUCUCAGAUGCGUCCCUCAGUGGAUAUGGCCAGUGCAGCUAA